CACAGCCAUGGCCGGGGCCCUGCUCGAGCCCCACAAGCUGGUGCCCACCCCCUUCGAGGGGCAGCACUUCGACCCCUACGACUACUACAGCCUGACCGAGCGCUACAGCAUGCCGGGCGGGUGCAGCCGGAAGGGCCGCUCCAAGCGGGAGGCCGCCGGGAACACAAACCGGCCCAACCCUGCCGGCCACGAGCGCAAGAUCGCCCUGAAGCUGCAGCGCUCCGAGCGCCGGCGUGGCCAGGAGUGAGCCCACGGUGAGAGACGCGCGGGGGGAAAGGGGGCCGAGCAGGGGGGCCAAGAUGGCUGCCACUC